AUGUCGGGGUCCCGAAUGGUUUUCGACGGCUUGUGGCGCUGUCUAUGCCCAUCUGUCGAUGCUCAUGUAGCUUCGAGGCUAUUGAGCUCACCUGCUCUUCCCCGACCAAAACGUCCAACGAAACAGCAUUUCUCGCAUGUCGAUACGCGCCACCACGUGCUUCGAACCCAGUGCCGUCGAUAUGGAGGAGGGCCUGCAUCCUCUGCAAUCCCUUCAAGCGAGAAUGGUCAUGGUAUUGGGGGUAAUCUCACACCACGAGAUGGCCUUGCUGAGGCAGAUCGACGGUACAAUGAACCCUCCGCCGAUAUCGAACCCGAUCCCAGCGCAGCGCUUCGAGUGGCGCCUGUGUCCGCCAUAUACGAAGCUUUAGAAGUCCUACGUGGCCAACAAAGGAGUUUUAAAAAAGUGGCACGAAUCCUCACACACUUGGUUACAGCUCGCGAUAUCGAGUUAACACCGGUUUUGUACGAACACUUGGCGACUGCCAUGGCUGAUGUGCAAGGCUCAGCAGCGAUGCUGGCACAGUUGUUUGCUGAAAUGCGACAGCUUCAGCUUACGCCAUCGCCGGCGAUUUGCCAUGCAGCUCUAGCGGCUCUUGCCAUUCACCCUGACUACUUGGUUCGAAACGAGGUUCUGAUGGCCAUGAAGCAGUCGUGGACGGAGGUCAGUAUCGAGGGGGAGAGCCAUAUAGCUCUCGGAUUGCUUCGCGACGGGCAAUACGAGCUUGCUCUCGAUAAACUGGAGGCCAUGAUCGACAAUCACGUGCCCAUCGACCCCUGGGUCUACGAUAUCUUUAUUUUCAUGUUUGCCCAACGGGGCUUCGUGGAAGAAGCCGUUAAACUGGCCCACAGCAAAGCGCAUGCCUCUGAAGGCGAAACGUACCUGGCGAUGUGGUAUAUGCUGCUGGAUGUCUGCAGUCAUGCGUACCACUACGAAGGUACAAGAUAUAUCUGGGGAAGACUGUUGGAGACGGAUAAAUAUAAUCUUUCGGACGGCGUCUUACUCAACAUUAUCAACACUGCGGCGAGACAUCAUGACUUCGAACUUGUCACGAAUGCGAACCGCCUGAUAGCACAGCGGGGAGGUAAGCUGCUCGCACACCAUUACGAACCAUUGAUCGACUGCUACGGCGGCAUCGGAGACUUGGAGGGCGCACUGCGCGUGCUUUGCAUCAUGUUCAACGCCAUCUCUGUCGCACCGUACGCCAGCACGCGCUCGAUAUAUGAGUGGAUCAAGAAACAGCCAGAGAGCCUGGAUUCGGCCCUCGAAGCCCUUAAGUCUUUGAUGAAAGAUUACAAGGUCCCGAUCGCGGCGCUCAAUGUCCUGAUCGAAGCUGCGGUUGAAACGCAGGGUUACGCGAAAGCUUUGCAGAUUUACAAAGACUCGCGUAAAUACACGGAGGCACCACCCAACCACGUCACUAUACGAUACCUCCUACAGUCCUGUAAAAACCCGGAACAUCUUCAAGCCCUAGUAGCAGAAGACCCUGAACUGGCUAUCAAGGGUGACCGGAAGGUCUUUGCGCAAGUUGUAUUCGAGCACGUCAUCUCGGGCGACCUUAACCUUGCGUAUAAGUGUGUCAAGCUUCUGGGCGAAGCUCCGGAGUCUGAGAACGGCUUGCAGCCUGAAGUUUGGAUCAACCAGCGCACUUUGCUGGCACUCGUCAGAAAGUCCCUCGAUGUGCAGGAUGAGCGUGUCUGGUGGUUGGUGGAGCAAGCCGAGAAGAGGAAUAUGGACGUCCAUUCUGGCAUAGCAAAGCUCAUGGCGUCGUUUGCGGAGGAAAUCAAGAGGACUACCGGGUUGAAGCAAGAGGACGGUGCUUUGGACGGCGAGUCUGAACCGCGACACCCUUCAACGUCGUAG